CCUCUACUCACAGCACACAAUGUGACCACUUUUGAUCACUACUUCGGCCGCCGAUGCAGUAUCUCAUGAUUGGUUAGUGUCCAUAAAUGGGGACUUCGAGUGAGAGGACAGCACACGAAGACCACCGGCCGAAGAGGUCGUACAGUCGGUGUCAGCAAAAAGAAGGGCUAAUCACCGAAUUGGCCGCUACAUCGGUGUUAUCGUCCGACACUCACAUUGAAGAGUGUGAAGAGUUUUCACUAUCGCCCACGCCUUCUAAGUCGGACCCGUUGUGGCCAUCGAACGGAUGGCUCGUCUCAAAUGCGUUGAUGGCAUCCAGAAGAACACCCGUAGCGUUGAGACCACGCAAUGCACGCAUCGCUCGACCGAACACUAUUCGCGCCGACGCCUCACCCAAAGGGCCCAACGGUUCCAGUUCUUCGUGA